CCUGCCUGCUCUCUCCUUCGACAAGUCUGGUCUUCCCCCGACCUGGCUGGGAGGUGGCUCCGCCGCCGGGAGAUGCUCUAAGAGAGGCCGCGGGGAGGACGCGGGCGCCCCGCUCGCUCCCGGACGCUGGUGGCUGGAGCAGGGCUCAGCGGGAAGAUGGGCCGCCGUGGGCUGGGACUCGCGCUGGCGUGCUGCCUGCUGCUGGCCUUCGCCUGUGGCCCGGUGCUGGGCCGCGUGCCCCUUGGGCAGCAGGAGCAGGAGGGGACCAGGGAGCCACUGCUGGACCACGCUGAGAGGGAUGAAGAAAAGCAUGAAACAUACAACUCCAGGCAGGAAGAGGAGCCCCCCGCAUCCCGGUGCUUUCGCUGCUGUGACCCUGGUACUCCCAUGUACCAGGCCAUCCCGGUGCCCCAGAUCAACAUCACCAUCCUGAAAGGUGAGAAGGGCGACCGAGGAGAUCGGGGCCUGCAAGGCAAAUAUGGCAAAACAGGCUCCGUGGGCGCCAGGGGCCACACGGGACCCAAAGGGCAGAAAGGAUCCAUGGGGGCCCCCGGGGACCGGUGCAAGAACCACUACGCCGCCUUUUCGGUGGGCAGGAAGAAGCCCCUGCAUAGCAACGACUACUACCAGACGGUGAUUUUCGACACGGAGUUCGUGAACCUCUACGGCCACUUCAACAUGUUCACGGGAAAAUUCUACUGCUACGUGCCCGGCAUCUACUUCUUUAGCCUCAAUGUGCACACCUGGAACCAGAAGGAGACAUACCUGCACAUCAUGAAGAACGGGGAGGAGGUGGUGAUCCUGUACGCCCAGGUGAGCGACCGCAGCAUCAUGCAGAGCCAGAGCCUGAUGCUGGAGCUGCAGGACCAAGACGAGGUGUGGGUGCGCCUCUUCAAGGGCGAACGCGAAAACGCCAUCUUCAGCGAUGAGUUUGACACCUACAUCACCUUCAGUGGCUACCUGGUCAAGCCCGCCACUGAGCCCUAGCCGCCCGCAGACCUCCUGCUCCAUCGCCGCAGGCUAACCUCCCGUUGUCCCCGUGCCCCGCCCUGCUCCGCCAGACCCCCUCCCCGACCCGGGUUUCCCUGGCCCACACGUCCCCAGCUUUGGCAUUCGACAUGACGCCCCUCGCGGGAGUGGGAAGCAACAUCGGCUGUGUGGUCCCAGGCCUUGCCGUGUCCGCACGUGAAAUCACCAGGCGGGUGCCCGCGAGAGCUCCCCUCUGUGUGCACGUCCUCGAGUGACCCCUGCACGCGUGCCACGACGCGCCAGGGUGUCCCAGAGUAAGCCACCCUUGCUCCCAUUGCUGGGAAUAAUUAAGCCAAUUCUCAAGGUUGUGAAAGGAGCAAAGUAAACCAUGGAAAAGAAAGGGAGGCAUUAUUAGUUUUGCCUUUCUGCCAGCCUCGCUGGCCCCAGGCAGGAGGGCUGUCUCCCCUCGACGCUGCAGGAGACUUCCUGUAAGAGAAGCUCUAAAGUGGAUGCCAAGGGUGACAGGGGAAGGGGGUGGGGGGCGUGGGGACCGGAAAACCAUGUCUGGCUUAAUAUUUUAGGCCACGUAGGAAGCUUCUUGGGGGACAGCUGGACUGACGUCCACAUCCCGUGGACAUUCCUGUGGCCUUGCCCGAGGGCUCAGCUGGUCUUUCUGAGCCACAACGGUGAGGGGGUUCGAACUGGGCAGCCAGUGUCGGCUCCUGAGAGGGACAGCCAAGCCCUCGGCCGUGGUCUCUGCGCUGGUGAGCAGCUUGCUCACCGGAGCCCGCAGGCUCCUGGUGGCAGAGGCUUCUGUGAGGAGCCAAGCUCAGUACAACCCAGCAGAGCCCUGCAUCCCAGUAUGGCUCUGCCCACUCCCCCACCCCACCCUUGCAUCCUGGACGGGGCCUCCAUGCCUGCAUGCUGGCAUUGGCUUUCUGUCCCUUCUCUCCCACGGGUCAGCUGUGGAAGGAACCAGGGCCUUUGGUUUUGUAGCAGCUGUCUUGCUUAUACAACUUUUUCAGUAGAAACUCUUCACACACCAUCUCAGAGUCCUGCUUCCCGAGAGUUCACCAUUCAGCGACCCAGCACCCUCCCCUGGGGCCUCUUUGACCAGCAGCCUAAGAACAAUGCAGAAGGGGCUUUCCUGGGCCCCAGAGCAGGGGAGAGCUGGAAGGGACCGGAAAGCUCCCCCCUGCCUGUCCCAGGAGCUCCGGCACGGCUCAGCCUCUGAGAGGGGAGAGAGGGCAGGUCCCAACCACCGGGGUCCGAACCUCCACUCUGAGGGGGGGCUGGGGGGAUGCCUGGAGUGGGGAGCUGCCUGGAUUGGUGCUCUGGCCCGUGGCUGACUUUGGCCCGGCAGCCCUUCCCCACUUCUCUACAUCAACGCCCGGGGCCAGGGUCACCCUGCCUGCUCGGGCCCUAAGCCCCUACAGGAGCCUUCCUUCCCACUGCCUGCUAACCCCUGAUCUUGACCGAUCCCCUCUGCCCUCCCUGAGCCUGGCUAUUGGGUCUGGGAUCUGCACAUCCUUCCCUCUGAAGGACUUCUGCUGGUCAGACUUUAAAAACUGUGCAUAUCUGUGGGGGAGCUGGGGAGCAGGGCGCCCGCCUCCUGCUUUGUGCUGCCCCAGUGCUCUUCCAGAAAACAUUAAACUUGGAAUUGUGUGUUUCAGCA